GGAGCCCAGCCUCCACUCUCCAGUCCGGUUUUCAGUUGGUAGCCACGCGCACGGGGACGGGGUUCUCCCUUUGCUGUCGCCCCCGCCUCCGAUUCCGCGAUGAUAACCCACCAUCCCUCCCUGAUCCGCCCAUCUGUCCUCACCCUCCGUGCCGACGUCCUCCGUCGGCGCCCAACACUGCACGCCGUCGCCUCCGCGCCGCCUCCCCGAUUGUGGUCUUUGCGCGCCACCACCGGUGGAACUUCGCCCGUCAGUGGCGAUGGAGGCAAACGCGCUGUGCCGCUUCCCACGCGUGGGCCCGCCCUGCUCGGCUUCGUGCGUAGCAACUUCCUCCCGCUUGCUCUCAUUGGUGGGAUCAUAUUGGGUCUUCUAGAUCCUACUCUUGGAUGCCUUGCACACAAAUACUCCCUGUCAAAGUACAGCACUUUUGGGAUAUUCGUUAUCUCAGGACUGACCCUGCGCACUAGGGAGCUUGGUGCAGCGUUAGAAGCUUGGCCUGCUGGACUAUAUGGACUAUUCCUAUACUUCUAUUGGUCAUCAAUGGAGCACCCAGCACCUGCAAUAAGUUUGCUAAUGUAUUAUAUUAUUGUAUAUAAUUGCAGGGAUCUAUUUUGCUGUUUACACCCUUUCUUGCUCAGUUUAUUAUGCAAGUUCAGUUCUUCCCCCCUGAAUUUAUCACUGGUAUAUGGGUCAAGCACAUGCCUGCUUUUCAUGAUGGAUUUUCUGUCUUCAUUCCACCAUUUUUUGUUGCCAUCGAUUAACUCAUACUUUUGUGCUCCUUAUAGCUUGUUUUUUUGGCAUCUUACAGGGUUAGCUAUGUUUUGCUGCAUGCCAACAACACUAUCAAGUGGAGUCACACUAACACAGCUUGUUGGUGGUAACUCUGCACUUGCUCUUGCAAUGACAGUUGCAUCCAAUUUACUUGGCAUUAUAAUUGUACCUCUUUCUCUUGCAAAAUACAUUAGCAAUGGUGUUGGGGUUUCCUUGCCUACUGAGCAAUUAUUCAAAAGUCUUGUCACCAGCCUUCUAAUCCCUCUUAUUAUAGGGAAGGUUGCUCGAGAAACCUCAAAAGGUAUUGCUGAUUUUGUUGAUGGAAAUCGACAAGGCUUUUCAGUUGCAAGUGCUGUUCUCCUCAGCCUAGUUCCAUGGAUUCAAGUAAGUAGAUCAAGACCACUGAUCUUAUCUGUUCAAGUAAAAUCCUUUGCUGUUGCCGUUACUAUUGGAGUGCUUCUUCAUCUUGCUCUGCUGGCUUUCAAUGCUGCAAUGUUGGCGAUCUUGUCACGUCUUGAACAGAAAGGGGAGUCAGUCUUUGCAAAGAAAGAGUACGCACGAGCAGUCAUUUUGGUGGCCAGUCAGAAAACGUUGCCAGUGUUGGUUGCUGUGGUUGAGCAGCUUGGAGGAGCGUUCGGGGAGUCUGGAUUUCUGGUCAUCCCUUGUGUUGCCGCACACAUUAACCAGAUCAUUAUUGAUUCUAUCAUAGUAAAUUGGUGGCGCCAGAAGGAUCAACAAUUUACUUCUGCAAAGUAACUUCAGGAUUCAAUUUCGGUGUGUAACAUAUGGAAUCGGUCAGGAGCUCUUAAUGUUUAUCCCCUGACGCCAAAGCAAAAUGAGAUCUACGUGUUCAGUUAUUUCAACCGAAAGUAGUCAUAUCGAGAUGUUUUACACAAAAAUGCCUUUUCGUGCCUGAAGGAACGAUAUUAUGUAUUUCCUUCACAAUCUUCAGAUGUCUUCCUUGCAACGUUUUUGGAUAGUUGAAUAAAAAAAAUGAAGAAUGUAGUUGUACUUGUCAUGCAGGAAGUUCAGUAAAAGGAAGAAUUGCUGACUGCAAAGCUGAUUUUGUGAAGAUCAUUAUACGCUUUAAUUUCAUAGUAUUCUCGAGACUGAUAUUAUUUCAGUUUUA